GCGCAGAGUCGCCUUGUUGAUAAAAUACAUCACCCGUCAACAUCAUCGCCCGUCGAGCAGAGUCGUCAACAAAGUCGUCUAGGUCGUCUACAUAUAGCCAGCGAGGUGGUCGUUGUCUCUCGCCGUCGCCGUCGUCUCUGGUUGCGUCUCUCGCCCGCCAACAACUGCGCCAUCGCCGUCGGCUUUCCCGAGGAAGCGCAGAUUAUAGAUUCCUGCAGCCUGCGAGCAACUUCAACACCGCAACAACCCACACCACGAUGAGUACAGCUACAGCAGCGACAUCGACAGCCCCGGACCCAGCACAGACGAGUGUCUGGUGGGGAGGGAACACAAACGUCGGCGUCGGCGGCAACUCGACAAUGUACAUCUUCACCUUCCUCGCGACCAUCAUAGUGCUGAGUCUUAUCGGCCUUGCACUCGUCUUCCGCGCCAUGAUCAUCCGGCGCAGGCUGCACCGACGUAUCGAGGAAGCGAUCGCCCGCGGCGAAGUCAUACCGUACUCGAAUCCAUUCUUGCCAACGCCCGCCGCGCCAAAGAAGCCGGCGCCCGUGCAGCCGCUGCCCACGCUCUGGGAGAGCGAGAUGCGCCUCGACGGCGACGACUGGGAGGGCUACGUUAUUGACGAGGAAAAGUGGGACUUUGUCACGCCUGUCGGCCUGUACACCGUCCACCCUCCGAUCGUCGAGGAGGAAGAGAAGCCGCGCAUGCCGCUCCAGGUGCCGUCGCUGUGGUCCGAGCUGGGCGAGGCGUUCCGCGAGAUGCUGCCCACGCGCCGGCUCGCGCGCCGGAGGCGGCGGUCGAGCGCGACGACGGCAGCGGCGGCGGCGGCACCAGUCACCGAGUUCCGCCCGACGCUGCAGGAGGCCGAGGUGCGCGACGCCCCGGGCCCAAUGCAAGAAGCGCUCGUGGGCGUGCUCAUCGCCCUGCCGUUCCAGCACGCGCAGGCCGAGCUCUGGCGCCCGCUGCACGCCGACGACGUCGAGGUCCCAGACGUGUGUCUCGGCGUCAUGGAGGUCGUCACCGUCGAGGGGGAGAAGGCUGUGAGCGAGAGCGUGCCGCCAUCGCGCUGGGCGUCGCGCGUGUCCGAGGUCUAGGCGAGGUGUGGGUGCGGCGUCGCCGCCAACGCUGGUCGUGGCCGCAAUGACGGCGUGGGCGCCCGCACCACGCUCCACUGUGUGUAUAGUAUCCCGUCCGGUCUCAUCAUAUCUUCAUAGAUCGCAUAUGUCAUUGAUACACAAGG